GAGGGUGGGGGGCCGGGGUGGGGUGGGGCAGGAUGCUGGAUGGUCAGCUCUUCUCCGAGGGGCCCGACAGCCCCCAGGAGCUGCAGGAUGAGGAGUCUGGCAGCUGCCUCUGGGUGCAGAAAUCCAAGCUGCUGGUGAUCGAAGUGAAGACUAUUUCCUGUCAUUAUAGUCGCCGCGGCGCUCCUCGACAGCCCAUGGACUUCCAAGCCAGGCCCUGGGCCCGGGGGCCCCUGCGCAGCACGUGUGGGCCGCGCCUGGGAUCCCCCGAGUCGCCGCCUCGCCGGCCCUGGGCCUCCAGGGUGCUGCAGGAGGCGACCAACUGGCGGGCGGGGCCCCCGGCCGAGGCUCGAGCGCGGGAGCAGGAGAAAAGGAAAGCCGCGUCGCAGGAGCGGGAGGCCAAGGAGACCGAGAGAAAGCGGCGCAAGGCUGGUGGGGCCCGAAGGAGCCCCCCCAGUCGGCCCCGCCCGGACCCCCAGGGCGCGCCUCGGGGGGCCCAGCCCGCAGGGCUCCCCGCUCCCUCCCGGCGGGAGCGCCCGGGGCCCAUGGGACGCCCGCCCCGUCCAGCCGCGCAGCUGCCGGGCGACCCGGGGACGGCGUGGGCGGGGCCCUGGGGAGGUCGCCGGCCAGGACCCCCCAGCUACGAGGCCCACUUGCUGCUGCGGGGCGCGGCCGCGACGGCCCCGCGCCACCGUUGGGACCGGCCGCCCCCCUACGUGGCUCCUCCUUCUUACGAAGGCCCGCACCGGACCUUAGGGACCAAACGCGGCCCCGAGCCGUCGCGAGCGCCCGUGGCGUCAGCCCCUGCUCCGACCCCGACUCGGGCCGGGACCGAGGGCGGGAGCACGAAGAAGAGGCUGGAUCCUCGGAUCUACCGCGACGUCCUCGGCGCCUGGGGUCUCCGACAGGGGCGGGGUCUCUUGGGGGGUGCCCCGGGCUCCGGACUGGUCAGGCCGAGGGUGCACCCUGGCGGGGGAGCCUCGGAGAAGAGUCCGGGGCUGGGCGCCACGGGUCCGAGCAGCGGCGGCGAUGCCCACCACCCCGCGCCGGCUGCGGGUCGUCCCGCCGCGGAGACCGCGCCCGCGGGGUCUGCAACCGCGACUCCCAGCCGCCCGCGCCCUGCCCCCAGGGCCAGGCCCCAGCUCAGAGGGCCCGGGGAAGGGAAAGAAGGCGGAGAGCAGAGCUGGCCGCCCAAAUGCUGGCCGCCCUCCAGUAAGAAGCCGCCGCCCCGACAGAGCCAGACCCUCCCCAGGCCCUGGGCUCCCGGAGGCACGGGAUGGGGAGAGUUCCUGGGGCAGAGGGAGGGAGCGGGCCCCGAGGCCCCGGAGGGUUGGAAGGCGACCCGCCGCGCCCACACCCUGCCCCGCCGGUCCCGGGGUCCCGCCGGCGGAGACGGCGUCUUUGUGAUUGACGCCACGCGCGUGGUGAUCCGGUCCCAGUACGUGCCCACCCCUCGAGCCCAGCAGGUGCGGCUUUUACCCGCGGCGGGGCCGCGCGUGGAGGGCGAUGCCCCCAGCGAGGAGGGUGGCCCCCCGAGCCAGCCCACGCCCAAGCAGGAGGAGCGCGAGUGGCCCGAGCCCUUGCCUUCCCCUUGCCAGAAGCUGCUGCGGAGCAGCCGCCGCGCACAGCGGCCGGGUGGGGAGCGCGAGUUCGACGCUACGGGCGGGACGCCGGGGGACUCCUCGGAGGAGGAGGAGGAGGAGGAGGCGCGCGGCUCGCGCAUCCCGGGGCUCCCGGCCGGCGAAGCCAGCCCGCAGGAAGCCCCCGCGCCGCCGGGCAGCCCAGGGCGUUCGGCUCUCGGCCCGGCGGCGCCGGGCAACGCGAGGCAGGCCGAGGGCGCGGGGGAGGCGGCGGCGGCGAUCCCGCGCCGCGCCGGCCGUGGCUGGCCGCGGAGCCCCGGGCCCUACGCGGGCGCCCUGCGGGAAGCCGUGUCCCGCAUCCGCCGCCACACCGCCCCGGACUCGGACUCGGACGAGGCUGCGGAGCUCAGCGCGCACAGCGGCUCGUCCGAGGGGAGCGACACGGAGGCCUCGGGCGCCUCCUGGCGACAGGAGCGCCCCCCGCCCAAGCCUGGGCACCCCCCGCAGCCCAGGGACGGAGGCAAGGCCGAGGAGCUGAGCGACCACCUGCGAGGCAUCCUAGGUGCCAUCGGCCGAACCGAGGACGGCCUCGUCGGGGCGAGGAACGUUAAGGGGACACCACAGGGAAAGAGGGAGUGGCAGUGACA